AUGACUGGACCUCUCGCAUCUGAUGCGCCGAGACAUUAUGAUGUUCUUGGUAUCUGUUCGCCAUUGCUAGGCCAGAAACUUUCAAGCUUAGACAUCAAACAAGCAUAUAGGCGGGCCCUUCUUCUUCACCAUCCAGACAAGUCCAAAAACCUCACGCCAGAUGAAUCGGAACGACAAUCCAAAUUUUCAAUUGAUCAAAUUACACACGCCUAUAAAAUUCUCAUAGAUCCGGUCUCACGCGCUGAAUACGACCUGUCGCUACGGUUGCAACCGGAAUCAUCCACAAAUGGCAGUCAGAUCAUCUUUCAUUCUGGACUUGAGACGGUUGAUCUCGACGACCUAGGUUUCGACGACUCGCAAGAUAUUUGGUACCGAAGCUGUCGGUGUGGGGAAGCGCGAGGCUUCGUAUUGCAUGAAUCGGAUCUUGAAAAAGACGCCACACUUGGAGAAGUUGUCAUCGGCUGUCGAGGAUGUAGUCUCUGGCUCAAGGUCCUGUUCGAAGCCAUAGAGGCUGCUGAGGGAGAGGGAGAACAGGAUCACGAAACAAAUGGUUGA